AAGGCCUUUGCGAGUACUGCCAAGAUCGUCCAGGGCUACAGCGACGCGCUGGUCAAGAGAUGGAAUGAGGAAAUAGACAUGCUCCUUGUCUACGCGGGUCUGUUUUCGGCCAUCGUCACUGCAUUUAAUGUCCAAUCGUAUCUGCUUUUGCAACCAACCCCAGACCCCACCGUCGCUGUGUUACAGCAAAUCUCGUUCCAGCUCAACAGUUUCUCCGUGAACCCUCCUUUCGUCAAUGCUACUCAACCGGCAAUCCCCCUCACAAACGUUCCGCCGCCUCCAGUCGAGUCCUGGGCGGUCGCCCUCAACAUCCUCUGGUUCUCGGCGCUCAUAUGCAGUCUCGGCUCCGCUUCUAUCGGUAUCUUAGUCAAACAGUGG